AUGGCCUGCGAACAGUGGCUGGCAGAGUAUGGGGCGGAGCUGCAGAAGGAGGUGGGCCCAGGGAAGCCGGCGUGCGAGGUGGCCAAGCUGGCCGGAGUCCGCUUCAAGGCCCUCAGUGAGGACACCAAGGCCAUCUACCAAAAGAAGUUUGAGGAGGCCAAGGCGAAGUACGAUGCAGACAUGGCCGCCUUCCUCGAAGCCGGCGGCGAGAAGAAGAGCAUCAAGAGGAAGGCGGAGAAGUCCGCCAAGCGCAAGAAGGACCCGGCUGCACCGAAGAAGCCUGCGGGGGGUGCCUUCGGCUGCUUCCUUGCCAAGAACCGGGCCACUUUCACGGAGGAGUGCAAGGGCCAGCCGGUCACCGCCAUCACCAAGAUGGCCUGCGAUCGAUGGAAGAAGAUGAGCGAGGAGGAGAAGAAAGUCUUCCGAGAGGACUACGAGGCCAAGAAGGCCGAGUACGAAGAGGCCAUGAAGUCCUACGUGCCGACAACGACGCCGAGAAGCCAGCCAAGAAGGCGUGGCUGUCCCCGGAGCUGA